GUUCGCGGAAGAGGCGGCGGCAGCGGCCCGGCGCUAGCCCCGCUUCCCGGCGCGGUGCGGCGCGACCAUGUCGCUGCUGCAGUCUGCCUUGGACUUCCUGGCGGGGCCCGGCUCCCUGGGCGCUGCCAGCCGCGACCAGAACGACUUCGUGGGGCAGACGGUGGAGCUGGGGGACAUGAAGCUGCGGAUCAAGCGAGUCAUCGCCGAGGGUGGGUUUGCUUUUGUUUAUGAAGCUCAAGAUCUUGGGAGUGGCAAAGAUUAUGCUUUGAAGAGACUGUUGUCCAAUGAAGAAGAAAAGAACAAAGCCAUCAUCCAAGAAGUUUGUUUUAUGAAAAAGCUUUCAGGUCAUCCCAACAUUGUCCAGUUCUGUUCUGCUGCAUCUAUAGGAAAAGAAGAAUCGGAUACUGGGCAGGCUGAAUUUCUUCUGCUCACGGAGCUAUGUAAAGGGCAGCUGGUAGACUUCUUAAAGAAAGCAGAAUGCAAAGGGCUUAUUUCAUGUGAUACUGUUCUGAAGAUAUUUUAUCAGACCUGCAGAGCAGUGCAGCAUAUGCAUAAACAAAAACCUCCUAUUAUUCAUAGGGAUUUAAAGGUGGAAAACUUGCUGAUUAGUAACCAAGGAACAAUUAAGCUGUGUGACUUUGGCAGUGCUACAACAGUAGCAUAUUAUCCUGACUACAGUUGGUCUGCACAAAAGAGAGCAAUAGUUGAAGAAGAGAUUACGAGGAACACAACCCCAAUGUACAGGACUCCAGAAAUGAUCGACUUGUAUUCAAACUUUCCAAUUGGUGAAAAACAGGAUAUAUGGGCCUUGGGCUGUAUCCUGUACUUGUUGUGCUUUAGGCAACAUCCAUUUGAAGAUGCAGCCAAGCUUCGCAUAGUCAAUGGGAAAUACUCCAUUCCUCAGACUGAUACUCGAUACACUGUGUUCCAUGAACUCAUUUGUUCAGCUUUGAAGGUAAAUCCAGAGGAGAGGUUGUCAAUCACUGAGCUGGUGAAUCAAUUGCAAGAAAUAGCAGCUGCUAGGAAUGUAAAUCCAAAAUCUCCAAUUACAGAGCUCUUAGAGCAAAAUGGAGGCUAUGGAAACAAUGCUCAACCUCGACUGUCUACAAACUCAGUGUUGCAGAGCUCUAAACCUGCAGGACAACUCAAUAAUGUGUACAAUGCAGGCCUGACAGUUGCAGAAUGUGACCAGUCAUAUGGAGGGUUCUUUGAUAUUCUUAAGGGUGGAACAGAGAGAUUUUUCACUAAUAUCAAGGAUACUUCUUCUAAAGUCAUCCAAUCUGUGGCCAAUUAUGCAAAGGGAGAUUUGGAUAUAUCGUUUAUCACUUCCAGAAUUGCUGUGAUGUCCUUUCCAGCAGAAGGUGUAGAAUCUGCCAUCAAAAAUAACAUAGAAGAUGUGCGAUUAUUUUUAGACUCUAAACACCCUGGACACUAUGCUGUUUACAAUGUAUCUCCAAGAACAUACAGGUCUUCAAGAUUUCAUAAUAGGGUUUCUGAAUGCGGUUGGCCAGCGAGACGUGCUCCAAAUCUUCACAACCUUUAUAGCAUUUGCAAGAACAUGCAUUUAUGGCUAAAGCAAGAUCAGAAGAAUGUUUGCAUUGUGCACUGCCUUGAUGGAAGAGCAGCUUCUGCUGUGGUAGUUUGUUCUUUCCUGUGCUUCUGUCAUCUCUUCACUACUGCUGAGGCUGCAGUUUAUAUGUUCAGUAUGAAACGCUGUCCACCUGGCAUUUGGCCUUCUCACAAAAGAUAUAUAGAGUACAUGUGUGACAUGAUGGCAGAAGAACCCAUUAUUCCUCACAGCAAGCCGAUCCUCAUCAAAUCAAUUAUCAUGACUCCAGUACCUCUCUUCAGCAAGCAACGCAAUGGCUGUCGGCCUUUUUGUGAAGUUUAUGUUGGGGAUGAAAGAGUGACUACUACCUCACAGGAAUAUGACAAAAUGAAAGAGUUUAAAACUGAAGAUGGCAAAGUGGUAAUCCCCUUGGGGAUAACAGUGCAAGGAGAUAUUCUCAUUGUGAUCUAUCAUGCCAGGUCAACCUUAGGAGGCAGACUCCAAGCAAAGAUGGCUUCAAUGAAGAUGUUCCAGAUUCAGUUCCAUACAGGUUUUGUGCCUCGAAAUGCCACCACAGUGAAAUUUGCCAAGUAUGAUUUGGAUGCUUGUGACAUUCAAGAGAAGUACCCAGACUUAUUUCAAGUGAAUCUGGAAGUGGAGGUGGAGCCUAAGGACAGACCUAGUAGUGAACGAGCACCAUGGGAUAACUUGAACAUAAAGGGACUCAAUCCAAAGAUCCUUUUCUCCAGCCGGGAGGAACAACAAGAGAUUUUAUCGAAAUUUGGUAAACCUGAGCUACCUAGACAACCAGGUUCAACAGCACAGUAUGAAGCAGAAGUAUCCAAAUUGGAACAAUCUUCAGAAAACAUAUCUACGGAGCCAGACUCUUCACACAGCAGCAGCGCUGAGACAAAUAACUUCUUCCACACUUUGGACUGGCAAGAAGGAAAAAGUCCAGAGACCGGAAUCAAGGACCACUUAUCCAAAGACAGUCAUCUGGGACUAACAGAUGACAGGGGUGAGAGUGAGCCUUCAGAUGAUGAGUUUGCUACAGUUUCUAAUGAAGGGAUGGUGGAGUUAGCUGAAGAAAAAGAAAAACCCACUUCAAGAGAAGAUUUACUUUUUGAAGCCAGUUUUGAAUCUCCACCUGCCCAACCACAAGAAUCUCUUCCAGAAGAGAAAGUGGAUUUAUUAGGGCUAGACUCUGAUGUUCCCCAAGAACAGAAUCCUCCUACCUCGGAGAUGAAUUCUUCAUCUAGCAAUGCAGACCUACUGAACAAUUUGUUGGUGGACAGCACAUCUCAGGCUUCAGAAGAACCUACUGGAGAUCUUCUGGGACAAGGGGAAGACUUCUUUUUCAGCAGUCAGUCUCAUCCCUCUGUCAAUGCCCAGACUACAUCUUCAACAGUAGUGGCGUCUUCUGCAGCUGAUCCGUUUGACCCAUUCAAAAUGUCAUCAGGUUCUGAAAAUCCAACCCUGACUGGCCCUGAUCUCUUUGGCGACUUCCUUAAUCCAAAUGCAACAUCCUCAUCCCGUACGUUUCCCUCCACACACAGCGCACCACCUCCUUCUUCUAGUUCAGACUUCUUAAAUUUAGGAAAUCUGACACAAGAGCCAGCUAAAAUAACUUCCUCUGCAAGUCACCCAGACCUUUUGGGUGGAUGGGACUCCUGGGCUGAUUCCUCAGCUGCUGCCAGUGUAGCAUCACAACAACCAAAGAAGUCUGCAUUUGAAGGCCAAGCUCUUACUACAGGAAGCCAAUCAAAUGCGUCUUCAGGUCCAUCUCUCACCCAAACACAAUCUCAAAAUUUUGACCCUUUUGCUGACCUGGCUAACCUUAGAUCUGGUCUUCCAGGUCCUUCCAGUGGCAGUUUCUCACCUGGUGGAUUUGCUCAAAAGUCUGCUCCUUCUCAGAAACCAGGCAGUGGUCAGUGGCAAAAGAACAAACCACAAACUACUGGUACUUCAUGGCAGCCCCAGGCUAAACCACAGCAAACUAAACCCAGUGCCCAGGCUAAGCCCAACUAUACAAUGAACUUCAGUGUUAUUGGAGGGCGAGAAGAAAGAGGUAUUAGAACUCCUUGUUUUGGACAAAAGCCAAAAGUUUCAGAAAAUGAUUUUGAGGAUUUGUUGUCCAAUCAAGGAUUUUCAGCUAAAUCAGACAGAAAAGGACCAAAGACCAUUGCUGAAAUGAGAAAGCAAGAAAUGUCCAAAGAUAUGGAUCCCCUGAAAUUAAAGAUUCUAGAAUGGAUUGAGGGAAAGGAGAGAAAUAUAAGGGCUCUGAUAUCCACUCUUCACACUGUUCUUUGGGAAGGUGAGAAUAGGUGGAAGCCAGUGAGCAUAGCUGAUCUAGUUACCCCUGAACAAGUAAAGAAGUACUACAGGAAAGCAGUACUUGUAGUUCAUCCAGAUAAGGCCACAGGACAGCCUUAUGAGCAGUAUGCCAAAAUGAUCUUCAUGGAGUUGAAUGAUGCAUGGUCAGAGUUUGAAAACCAAGGAUCAAAAUCGCUUUUCUAAAAAUUCACCUUGCUGUGAUUUUCAAAAUGUAUUUGCUACAGAAUGGAGUCAAGCGCUGGUAGUCUGACCUUACUGUCUCUGGGAUUUAGGAAAGAUCUUGUUUUGUAUGACUUCAGCAGUGUGUGAAAUCAUACACUUAAAUAUGGAGAUGCGUUUUAUAAGAUGUAGAAUUUAAAGCAUUACACAUAUGCACUAAAAAACCCCCAGCUGUUCAGGUCUUCAAAAUCAUAGCCUAGAAGUAGAGAUUUUCAUUCAGUUUUAAAUAUGGUAAAACAAAUUUUAAUGAUGCCCACUGAGAUUUGAUAUGUUGGUAUCCAAGAAUAAGACAUUCCAAACCCGGUGAUUUUGUUUUGUUUGAAAAUAAGAAACGACCUCAAUUUAUGGUUCUGUUACUUUCAGUAGUUGUGAUUUGAUUUUGAUGUUUGCCUGUCGCCUUACUCCAAGUGCUUUAGCUCUAUCACAGUGAAUUUGCUAAGCAUUUCUUUUCUUGAAUCUAUGUGAGGUGUACAUUUUCAUCUGUAUUUUGUGUACUCAAUUGGAUAAUCAUUCUGUAAAUAAUUAAAAUAUUUUCUGAUAAUACCUGUGUUCCUUACAAUGAAUUGACAGUUACUUAGCCAAAAAGUUCCCAGUUAUGGGAAAGCCCUCCAGGGUGGUUCUUGACUCUUUUUUCCAUAUCAUGAAUUUGGAAAUAUAUCUUGGCUUUAAUAUA